AUGCUUUAUCCCACGAUCAUAUGGGCGUUCUGUCCGAUUUACAUCUACACCGUGGUUGAUCAGACUAUUCUACCUCUGAACAGAGAUUUCGAAUCUCCGGAGAACAGUAUGGGUGUUCUGAGCGUUCUGUCUGGUCAUGUAGUUAUAAAAUCCCGACUGGUUCCCAGCUUCCGACCGAAGACCAUCUUCCCCAUCCAUCAUCCCCUUCAGACAGAAGACACCAUCACAUCCAUCGUCCUCUUCAGACAGGAAGACCCUGUUUAUCCAUCAUCGUCUUCCCACAUUUAUUGUCUCAUCAAGCGACACAUUUGCACCAUGACCAACGAGAAUAACACUAAGACUCCCCUUCGUUGGGAGACCCUUCCGCGGAGCCCCUUCCGUUGGUUGGAUGAAUCCUUCCCCAAGGAUGAAGUUGAGGUUGCGGAGGUCGAGACCAACCGUCGAAGCAAAAGCCGCUUCAGCUUCGAUGAGUCUUCGAACGAAUCUCCCAUGAAUAAGGUGAAGACUCAAGAGAUCGCUCACCGUCGUAAGCCCGAAAAUCAGAGCGACGGCUCACUCUACGACGGCCACUACGACGACGACGAGACCGCCGACCACACCAACCUACACAAAGGAGGCGAGCCGCCGUCGGAAGAGCCCGCCACUCCUCCCACGGCGUUCAUCGACCAACGACAUCAAGUCAACACUCAAGAAGAGGUGGCCGCCCUCCUCGGCGAGGAGUGGUAUCCGCAGACACUCCCUCCCCGCAAGCGGCGCUGCCACCGCCUGGGACCUAAUGAGGUAGUCGACUACGCGCGGUUGUCGCUCAAGACUGCCGAGGACUACGAGGGGUAUCACUCCCUGCCCAAGAUCAACUUCCAUGACACGGAAGAGGAUCGCCAGGCUGCUCUUGAACGGGACAGUCUGCUUGUGUACUUGACACAAGCUCAGACGGGAGGAACUCAGGAGGCAGAGCAGAUGGGACAGCAGAGUGGCACUCAGACGGGGACCGACAUGGGAUCUCAGACUAUGGGAGCUCAUAUGGGAUAUCACAGAGAUGACGAGUGGCAGCCCGUCGUGGAGCACAUCGAGGAUGUUGCUGCCGAGGGCAGCUACGAAGGAGGAGCCGGGGGAACAGAACGCUGA